CUCAGUGUAUAGAUUAGUGCCAGAAUGUGCUUAUCUCAAGAAGAAAAACAUCAGUAACCAUGCCAACUCCGCUCUAUCUGAUACAUAGUGCUAGAUCGGUACGGUCAGAAACGGAACGUACUCUGGGAGUUUGUGGAACCACACCGCAAGACGAACAACUGCAUCAUGUGCCACAUUUGGGGAAUUGGCUACUGUCCAGACUGCUCAGAACGAAAGGGAAUGGCCUUCAUCCCAGUAAAGGGAGCAAUGUAAAUCAGCUCGAAAACAGUGAACUACAGGCUAUACUUUCAUCUCAGGCUGACGCAGAGGUUUGUUUGCUGAGCGAAAGUCCAUACCGGAUUUUGAGGGCUGCGGAAGCGGGGAAUCUGGACGAAUUUAUACGACUGUACGAAGGAGACAACGGACGGUUGGCGGUAAAAGACAGCAAAGGGCGCACGGCAGCGCACCAGGCGGCGGCCAGGAAUCGCAUCAACAUCCUCAGCUACAUCCACCAACAAGGAGGGGAUCUCAAUGCCCAGGAUUCGUUCGGAAAUACACCGUUGCACGUGGCAGUCGAAAAUGAUUCGCUGGAUGCGUUGGAGUAUUUGUUGAACAUACCAGUCGCUACGAACACAUUAAAUGACAAGAAACUGGCUCCGGUACACCUAGCCACCGAGCUAAACAAAGUUAAAUGUCUGCAAGUAAUGGGAAAAUACCGGGAGACCAUCGAUAUACAGCAAGGAGGUGAGCACGGUCGAACCGCACUACAUUUAGCUGCUAUCUACGACCACGAGGAGUGUGCCAGAAUUCUGAUUUCCGAAUUCGGUGCGUGUCCCCGUAAGCCGUGUAACAACGGCUACUAUCCAAUACACGAGGCAGCCAAAAAUGCUAGCUCUAAAACAAUGGAAGUAUUUUUCCAAUGGGGAGAAUCUAAAGGUUGUACACGCGAAGAAAUGAUUUCCUUCUACGAUUCCGAGGGAAACGUCCCGCUUCAUUCUGCUGUUCAUGGUGGAGAUAUUAAAGCGGUUGAACUUUGCCUUAAAUCAGGAGCGAAAAUUUCCACUCAACAGCAUGACCUUUCAACACCAGUUCAUCUAGCUGCGGCACAGGGUGCCAUUGAUAUCGUGAAACUGAUGUUUCUGAUGCAACCACAAGAGAAACGUAUCAGCUUGAAUUGUACCGACAUCCAGAAGAUGACUCCGCUGCAUUGUGCAGCUAUGUUUGAUCAUCCGGAAAUCGUGGAAUAUCUCGUGCAAGAAGGAGGUGAUAUAAAUGCCUUAGACAAGGAAAACCGCUCUCCAUUACUUCUUUCGGCAUCUCGCGGUGGAUGGAGAACUGUUAUGAUUUUGAUACGCCUAGGAGCCAACAUUAGCUUGAAGGAUGUCAACUGUAGAAAUGUGUUACAUUUGGUUAUUAUGAAUGGAGGACGAUUGGAUGAGUUCGCGAAAGAAGUAAGUUGUACUCAAUCGGAAAUAUACUUGCUACAGUUGCUUAACGAAAAAGACGACACAGGAUGCUCUCCGCUGCACUACGCCAGCAGGGAGGGUCAUAUUCGAUCGCUUGAAAAUCUAAUCCGCCUUGGAGCAUGUAUUAACCUAAAAAAUAAUAACAAUGAAAGUCCCCUCCACUUUGCUGCCCGUUAUGGUCGCUACAAUACGGUUCGACAGCUUUUGGACUCGGAGAAAGGUACAUUUAUCAUCAACGAAAGUGAUGGUGAAGGUCUCACCCCGCUUCACAUUGCUUCGAAAGAAGGUCACACGAGAGUAGUGCAGCUUUUGCUCAAUCGGGGUGCUCUGCUCCAUAGGGACCACAAUGGACGUAAUCCUCUGCAUCUGGCAGCGAUGUCAGGGUACACGCAAACGAUUGAGCUACUGCAUUCGGUCCAUUCGCAUUUGCUUGACCAAGUGGACAAGGAUGGGAAUACUGCUCUCCAUUUGGCAACAAUGGAAAAUAAACCAAACGCGGUAGUGCUACUGCUAAACCUGGGCUGCAAACUGCUCCACAAUUACAUGGAUAUGAGUGCUAUAGACUAUGCCAUAUACUACAAGUACCCGGAAGCAGCCCUGGCCAUGGCAACUCACGAGGAACGAUCAGCUGAAGUUAUGGCACUGAAAUCGGACAAACAUCCCUGUGUGACGUUGGCUUUGAUAGCAUCGAUGCCAAGAGUAUUCGAAGCUGUGCAGGAUAACUGUAUCACCAAAGCAAACUGCAAAAAGGAUUCCAAAAGCUUCUACAUAACUUAUUGCUUUAGCUGCCUCCAAUGUCCGACGAUGUACGCGCAAAUGGACUCACGAACGGGAGAGGCCGUCCAAAUUUCAAAACCAAUUCCCUUACCGGCACUGAACAUCAAAUAUUCCUUUCAUGCGUUUCAAAAAUCACAGGAAGAAAUCGAUAAAAUGAAGAUAACUAUCAACGAUCCAAAGUGGCGCCCCCCUCCGUUGCAUGUGGUCAAUGCAAUGGUGGCACAUGGUCGUGUCGAGCUACUAGCUCACCCACUGAGCCAGAAAUAUCUUCAAAUGAAGUGGAACUCCUAUGGAAAGUAUUUCCAUCUGGCAAAUCUUCUAUUCUACAGCGUGUUCCUGCUCUUCGUUACAGUUUUCACCUCUCAGCUAAUGACAAAUACACCGGUAACGCUGACCUCAUACAUCAACGAAAACAUAACACUAGCCAGUAUCCCAGAUGCUGAGCAUGACCAUCCUCAACCGAUAAUGAUGGCCGCCCGGUCUGAACCUAGACAACAUAUGCAAUACCGCAAUCACACUGUCAACGCAGCCGAACAGAUGCCUAUCACAACUGCAACCCUGGUCUCGGGAGUGGCGAUCAUUAUUUACAUAUUUUGCAAUGCACUCCGAGAGAUUCUGCAGGCUUACCAACAAAAAUGGCACUACCUGAUUGAACCGAUCAAUUUGGUGUCGUGGAUUCUGUACAUAUCUGCGCUGAUUAUGGUGCUGCCCAUGUUCAACAACGGACUAUGCUACAGUGGUAAUUUUUCUGCUGCUUCAGUUACGGUGUUUCUAUCGUGGUUCAAUUUGCUACUGUUUCUGCAACGAUUUGAUCAGGUCGGAAUCUAUGUGGUGAUGUUUUUGGAGAUUCUUCAAACGCUCAUAAAAGUGCUGACGGUAUUUUCAAUUUUGAUAAUUGCUUUUGGCCUAGCAUUCUACAUUCUUUUGUCGAAGGUAUCUAGGACGGCUGACACACAGGUUAACCACUUGUCGUUCGCAUCAAUCCCGAUGUCGUUACUGAGAACCUUUUCCAUGAUGCUCGGAGAGAUGGAUAUUCUCGGAACAUAUGUGCAGCCCUAUUACCAAAAUCAUCUCCUGUAUCCCAUUCCAUCGUUCGCGAUUCUGUGCCUCUUCAUGAUACUGAUGCCAAUCCUGCUGAUGAAUCUACUGAUCGGUUUGGCAGUCGGUGAUAUUGAAUCGGUUCGACGAAAUGCCCAGCUAAAACGGUUGGCUAUGCAAGUGGUUUUACAUACGGAACUGGAACGGAAGUUGCCUCAAAUGUGGCUCGAAAUGGUCGAUAAGAUGGAACUGAUUGAGUAUCCAAACGAAAAGAAAUCCAAACUGGGAUUUCUGGAUUCAGUAUUGCGUAAGUGGUUCUGUAAUCCAUUCACCGACGAAUGCAAAGGAGGAAUUGAUUUUGUACUGGAUAAUAACGAAGACUAUGUGGCUACUGAGCUGGAGAAACAAAAACGAAAGUUAAGAGAAAUAAGUUCUGCAUUAGAUAGCCAGCAUCAACUCCUCCGGUUGAUUGUGCAGAAAAUGGAAAUCAAAACAGAAGCAGAUGACGUGGACGAAGGCGUUGCCACCAGUGACGUAAAAAGCUUCGGUGCCCUGCGAGGGCCUGGUGGGACUACAUCGCGUUGGUCUUCGCCAAGGAUUCGAAAAAAACUACGAGCAGCAAUUAGCUUUAAUAAAUCAAUUAGCAAAUAAAGAGCACCAGACAAAGUAAUGAUUCGAGCAUCGAUUUUUUUAUUGUUAUUGUAAGACAUAGAAUAUAAGGAAAAUAUUUUAUACAAGCUUAGAAC